GGCGGCUACCGGACUGCAGGAGGCGUCGAACAGCUCUGGGAGGACUGACAGAAGGCGGCGCGUCUGGGGAGGUGGAGCCCGGGGUGACCCGUACCCCAGAGAAACGCCCGCCCCCCUCCAAAAGUGGUUCAGCCCGACAACUUUUCAUUCAUAAAAAGAAAAGGCUCCGUGAGGAGUGAGUCAGAACCCAGCCGCCGACGCGGACCCCACCAGCCAGCCAGCCCAGGGCAUGUUCCGAGACUUUGGGGAACCCGGACCGAGCUCCGGAGCGGGCGGUGCGUUCGGCGGCCCGGCGCAGCCCCCAGCCACGGGCCAGCAGAAGUUCCACCUUGUGCCGAGCAUCAAUGCUAUGAGUGGCAGCCAGGAGCUGCAGUGGAUGGUGCAGCCUCACUUCCUGGGACCCAGCAGCUACCCAAGGCCUAUGGCCUACCCCCAGUACAGCCCUGCACAGCCCCGGCCAGGAGUCAUCCGGGCCCUGGGGCCACCUCCAGGGAUGCAUCGCCAGCCCUGUGAACAGAUCAGCCCGGAGGAGGAGGAGCGCCGGCGAGUAAGGCGCGAGCGGAACAAGCUGGCCGCGGCCAAAUGCAGGAACCGGAGGAAGGAACUGACUGACUUCCUACAGGCGGAGACGGACAAACUAGAGGACGAGAAAUCCGGACUGCAGCGAGAGAUUGAGGAGCUGCAGAAGCAAAAAGAACGCCUAGAGCUGGUGCUCGAAGCCCACCGUCCCAUCUGCAAAAUCCCGGAAGGGCCCAAGGAGAGCAACGCAAGCAGUACCAGCGGCACCAGCAGCCCACCAGCCCCCUCCCGCCCUGUGCCUUGUAUCUCCCUUUCCCCGGGGCCUGUGCUUGAACCCGAAGCAUUGCACACCCCCACGCUCAUGACCACGCCCUCCCUGACUCCUUUCACCCCCAGUCCCAUCUUCACCUAUCCCAGCACCCCUGAACCCUGUGCCUCAGCCCAUCGCAGGAGUAGCAGCAGCAGCGGGGACCCAUCCUCUGACCCCCUCGGCUCCCCCACCCUUCUCGCCUUAUGAGGCACCCCAAAGUCCCCUCCCUGCAGGUGCCACCCUAUCCAUCGUCUCCCCACCCAUUGAUCCAGCUGGCCUGGACCAUAUCCCAUGCCCAGCCCCAGCAGGUUCUUCACCUUUCCACAUGAGACUGAGCAUAUUUUGCUUCUUUCUAGAGCCUGUUUGGGGUCACCAGAGCUGCCCACUGUUUCUUUAGAGCUGAUCUCUCUAGCACAAUUUGCACUAAAUCAGAGACAAAAUAUUUUCCUGUUUGUGCAAGAGAACUGGCAGCCAAAGGGACUUUGUAACUCUCUAGAGGGCCUCUGGAGCCCUAACCCCCUUUAGAUCACCUACAGUCUUCAUCACCCUCUUCCUGUAAGCCACCCAACCCUACUCCCUGACAGAAGGUGAUAACUCUGCUAGCCUAGAACACUAAUUUACCCAGCCCCACUGCCAGCAGCAUCACAUGAUUAAAACAGGGCAUUCUGCUGGCCCCUCCUGAAUGGCACAGCUCAGGAAGGUGUCAGAGGCUUCUGUGAUGAGCUAGCUGACCUGCAGCCCCCAGCUCUGAGAAGACUUUAGCUCCAGGGAAUCCAAGCCUCCACAGUGAAGACAGCUGCUAUUUAUUUUCCUAAAGAGAAUAUUUUUAUACAAACCUGACAAAAUGGAAUAAAAGGCUUGAAGCUC